GAGAAAAAAUUUUGUUUUUAUUUAUCAACAAUCAACAAUAAUUGAGAAUCUGAAACUGUGAACAUUAUGUCAACUUUAUUCCCAUUUGUUAAUUAUAUUCUAUUUCUAAUUCUAUUUCUAUUUCUACCUCUUUCUUCUGCUUCUUUCUAUUAUAUUUUUUCUCCCUCUGUUUUGUUUUUUGUUAAUAGAAAUUAAUUUGUGUUAAAUUGACAUCGAUGAAACCACAAGAAAAAAUGGAAGACGUUAUAAUUGAAAGGAUGGAAACGGGAUUGGGAGGAGAGUCAAGUAAAUUGUCACCAAUAAUCAUCAACAAUAAGCCAAGAGUAAAGAAAAAAGGUCGAGUUAAUUUCAUGGAAUUAACAAUGGUAACAAUAUUCUACUUUGAGGACAGUAUUGAAGAUAAAGAGUGUAGGAGUAAAUAUUGGGAAUUCGAAGCGAGUGAUCGAGAUCGAUUUAAGAACAGGAUCAUGAGGACCGAGGAACAAUUAACACCAAUUCUAUCAAUUGACCAUCGAAAUAAAAUUUUCCAACAAAGAUUCGACAUAAGGUCAACUUCAAACGAAAUCCAUUAACCCGCUUUUGUGUUAUCAUCUCAUUCAACUAUUCCCCCAAUUAAGUGCGCAAAAUCCGAUGCGUAAAGCGAAUCAUUUAUUUCAUUGAAUAGAAUAGAAAAUUGUAAAAUAUUAUGUUGGCUGGUUUUCCAUCAACAUUUGUUCAUCAUUUAUUUAAAUAAAUCUCUCAUCAUGUCUUCUUAUUUGUGUUUUUAUUCUAAUUAUUUGGAUAAUUUUAAUCAUCGAACAUCCCAAAUUAUGUGUAGAAAAUAGUAAAAGAGAAAACAAUUGACUGGAAAUUGAGCUUAUCAAUUGGGUGAGAAUUCCGGUCACUGUUUUCUAUUCUAUUCUCAAAGAAGAUACACCGCAAAUACUAUUACAUCUGAACAUCAAAUUCUAAGUCUAGAGUUUUCUCUCAUCUGUUGUGUUCAAUUGAAAUUCUUUCAAUGGAAAAUCCGUCAUUUUCCAUUCCAAAAGGUUUAGUUUUCUUUUAAAGAGAAAAAGAAAGAGAAUAUUGAUUUUACUAAGAUAUAGCCGGAAUUAUAAACACUUUUAUCUUUCAUCUAUAAUCUGGUAAACAGGAAGUGACCAGAAAAACCUCUUAUCCAUUUUAUGAGAACCAUUGCAGUUUUAGUGUCUUUUUAAUUCAAUUUUCUUGGUGUUUUCCUUUUUCUUGCCCACUACUAGUCAAUCGAUUUGCGCCACUCAAACCAACAUAUUUUAUUGGAGGUAGUUGGUUCAUAUUAUGUGGGACGAGAUGUGUGAUGUUAUGCCAACUAUUGUUGAAGAUUCAACAUCGCAACGAAACUUUGGAGAAGAAAAUAAUUUUGAACAACUCAUGUUCAACAUGCUCGAUGAACGAGACAAACUCCUCGAAACACUAAGAGCAACACAAAUACAACUAGAAGAUACUCGUAAUAAAUUAAAUGAAAGUGAAAAGGACAGAGAAUCUCUAAUCAAACAAAUCAAUGCAAAUUUACCACAAGAAUUCACUAGUUUAACGAGAGAGCUAAGUCAGGCAAGGGAACAAAUCGAUGAGAAAAAUGAAGAAAUCGCUGAACUUAAAGCUGAAAGGAGCAAUACUAGGUUAUUACUUGAGCAUUUAGAGUGCCUGGUUUCACGACAUGAAAGGUCACUUAGAUUAACUGUGGUCAAGAGACAAAAUUCAGCGACAGGAGUUUCAUCAGAAGUUGAAGUUCUCAAAGCAUUGAAAUCGCUGUUUGAACAUCACAAAGCUCUUGAUGAAAAAGUCAGAGAGAAAUUAAGAGUCUCUUUGGAUAGGAUAAAUCAUCUGGAAGACGAAUUAGCUAAAGCACAUGAUGAAAUUAACAAAUUACAAUCGGAAAAGAGUAGUUAUACAAAUGGAAGUGACGAUAAAACUAAUUUAGUGACAAAUGGACCAAAUUUAGAGGAAACAGUGAAAACCCGAUCAAGUGUAGACGAAAGUGGAAUCAAUGAGAUGAAAUCGUUACUAGAAAAACAAUCAAGUGAUCUAUUAAAAUCUCGAUCACAAAUCAGUGAACUAACUAAUCGGUUAAAAGAGUUGGAAGAAGAUUUAAAAAUGGGUGAUCAACAGCAGAUACUAAUCAAAGAUGAAAACAUGAAAUUAAGAGAAACCCUGAGAGAGACUAACGCCCAGAAAGAAGACCAAGAGCAAAGGAUAUCCACCCUUGAGAAACGUUUCUGUAACUCUCAAAAAGAAACAUCCUCCCUUAAUGAUCUCAACGAUAAAUUGGAACGUGAAUUGGCCAAUAAAGAAGCUCAACUGAAAAUGGCCGAAGAAAAGAUUAAUGAACUUAUUGAAAGAUUAGAAUUAACAGAACAAAAGUUAUCCAAAUUAGAAUUCGACAAGAAACAAGAAGACCUAAUCAAUGAAGCAAAGGAAGAAGUUAAUGAUACUGAGGAACAAGAGAAGCAAAUGUCACUAGAGGAAAGAAUUGCUCGUUUGAAACAACAACUUGAAGAGAAAUCAACAGAACUACUUAGAGCCAGUCAACGGGAAAAGAUGAACAAGGAACACAACCAAAAACUAGAAGCGACUGUGGACAAACUAUUAGCCGAAUCAAAUGAAAGGUUACAAUUGCACUUGAAGGAGAGAAUCACCGCUCUUGAAGAGAAAAGUGUUCUACAACAAGAAUUGGAUCGUAUUCGUCGUUUAUUAGAUGAAACACAAACAGAAAAAGAAAAAAUUUUACAAGAUUCAGCUAAAAUGCGAAACGAAUUGGAUGCCCUGCGACAAGAUGUACAAAACUAUCGCGCUGAAUCCAUUCAGGUCGCUUUAUCGGCCGCUAUCUCGCGGAACCAAAAGAAAAGCGCAGCUGAUCUUUACUGUGAACGCCAAUGGAAUAAAAUGGAUCAUGUCACUAAUCUUGGUCCGAACUUUGACCCUUCUGAUGCCGAUUGUAGUCAAACUGAUGAAAAUGAUAAUGAAAGUUUAUUCGGACCCAUUGAUAACGUCCUUUUAUCUCCUUCUGGUCAGUCAAAUGCACAAACUUUAGCAUUGAUGCUUCAAGAGCAACUUGAUGCGAUCAACAAUGAAAUCCGUUUGAUUCAAGAAGAAAAACAAAGUACCGAACAACGUGCCGAAGAGUUAGGUUCACAACUCGAAAGUCUCGAUUAUUCAAUGGGUCUACUUCCUCGAGCACAGUCAGACGAUCAAUCUCAUCUCAUGGGCAUUUCACCCCCGCAAAGUGGUAGAUCAACUCCCAGAUCAUCUCGUGCCAGUCCAUCUGUAGAUUAUUCAUCUUCACUUUACAAUUUGGAUCUUAACCGUGGUAACGCAGGUCCAUCAACUCCAAGAUACAUUCGGUUACAAGCUCCAAAUGAUAAUAAACAAAAUCCAAAUAUUCCCCCUUAUGGUAUUAAUGUGCCUCCCGAUAUACUUCCAAGACCUAAUCCUGAUCUCGAUGAUUACCAACACUAUCAAGCUAAUCAACCAUGUUCAACGACUUCUUCUAUGGAUUCAUUGAAUCGACGGUUGUACCCACCGGGUGCCUAUCAAAUGAACCAACAAUCGCCCCAACUUCAGCCACAAUAUUCAAUGUCCCCUUAUCCUUACUAUUCUUCAGCAGCUCCCCCACAACAGAAAAAGAAAGGUCUAAAAUCGACCUUUGUAGGUAAAUUGUUUAGUAGCUCUAAACGGGAUAAAUUGAAAUAUCGGCAGCAAUUCUAUAUGGGAAAUUAUCCCGUUGAUUCUAGUGAUUAUAUUACCAUGGUAAACCCUGACUCAUCUCAAAGCCUUGUAACCGUCGGGGGUGUUCCCGCCUCUCCUUCUUUAGGCUCAAAAGAUUUUGAUCGACGUGCACGAAAAAAGCACGAACUUCUUGCCGAAGCAAUGAAAGCCGGAACGCCUUUCGCACUUUGGAAUGGACCAACAAUAGUAGCCUGGCUUGAACUUUGGGUUGCGAUGCCGGCCUGGUAUGUUGCCGCUUGUCGUGCAAAUGUCAAAUCGGGAGCUAUCAUGUCUGCUUUAUCUGACACUGAAAUUCAAAGAGAGAUCGGAAUUAGUAAUCCAUUGCAUCGGUUAAAAUUACGAUUAGCAAUCCAGGAAAUGGUGGCUCUCACCUCUCCAUCAGCACCUAAAAAUAUAAAUACUAGUCUUGCAUUUGGAGAAAUGAAUCACGAAUGGAUAGGAAAUGAAUGGUUACCAUCUCUAGGUUUGCCCCAGUAUCGAUCUUCAUUCAUGGAGUGUCUAGUUGAUGCUCGAAUGUUAGAACAUUUAACUAAGAAAGAUCUUCGAGUUCAUCUCAAAAUGUUGGAUGCUUAUCACCGAACGAGUCUUCAAUAUGGAAUCAAUUGCCUGAAAAGGCUCAACUAUGAUAAACGAGCUUUGGAAGAGCGACGUCGAAAUUGUGAAAACGAUAUCAUAGAUGUUCUCGUGUGGUCCAAUGAGCGGGUAGUCAAAUGGGUUAAUAAUAUAAAACUAAGAGAGUAUUCAAUUAAUCUCGUUGAAUCCGGUGUCCAUGGAGCUCUAAUAGCCUUGGAUGAAACUUUCGAUGCCACUCAAAUGGCCUUAUUCUUACAAAUACCCGUUGAUAAUGUACAGGCACGACAAUUGUUAGAACAUGAAUUCAAUGAACUUUUAUCCAAAGGAACAGCUCGUCAACUGAAACACGUUAUAGAUAAUCCGAGUCCAACCCCAUCGGCUCGAGCGAGAGACAGACUGGUUUAAAUUGGUUUUUAAAUUUGGGCUAAAAGGAGGAUAAAAAUGAUCACCGGAGGACGAAAUCAAAAAAGAAAAAAAAAUCAAAUUCAACCCAAGGGACAAGUUAACCAGAAGAAACCUCAAUGGCAAUAAUAAGAUGUGACCCUCGUCAUCGUGACCGUUUUAGCCCGACUCCCCCCCAACCCUUUGCGUCAAUUUUAUGUUUUAAUGUCAAUUAUUUUGUAAUAUAAGAAAGUAUUAUGAGUCGAUAUUAUGAGUCAAUUUUUUAUUGUCAAUUUUUGUAAUUAAACUAAUCAACACACACUUUUAUCCGCCUCAUAAAAGCAACCAAAACAUAUCAGUGAUGGAGAUUGAACCACGACAACAAUUUACCACCGUCAAGACAAGCAAAAAAUAAUCUACGCGAAUUGUUGAUCACUUUAAAUUUUCAUCAUAAUCUAUUCCAAUUAACUAAUUUAUUCUAAAUUGUAAAAACAAAUUUAUCCAUAAAAAGCUCAUUUGAUUGAUUGACCAACA